CUCCUCCCUCUGUACAGGACAUGAAUGAUUCUACCCUGGUACGCAUGUGUAUGGACGUAGCCAAUGGUAUGGAAUAUCUUGCUGAGGAGAAGUUUGUGCAUAGAGAUUUAGCAGCAAGGAACUGCAUGGUGGACAAAGAGCUUGUGGUGAAGGUUGGUGACUUUGGCCUAGCCAGGGACAUCUACAGUAGUGACUACUACAGAGCCAACCAGAGAGCCAAGAUCCCGGUCAAGUGGAUGGCUCCGGAGACACUCCAUGAUGCCAUUAGCAACGAGAAAACUGAUGUGUGGUCAUUUGGUGUGACUUGUUGGGAGGUGUUCUCUUUGGGACGAGGCCCGUAUCCAGGGAUACAGAACCAGGACAUCCUCAAAUACAUCUCCACUGACAACAAGAGAUUGGAGAAAUCCUCACUAUGUCCCAAAAUGCUAUAUGAACUUCUGAUGAUCCAGUGUUGGAGUUUGCUGCCUGAGGAGAGACUACCGUUCAGUCAGCUGGUUCAACAGCUGCAAGAGUACUGGGAGGAGAAUCACGCUUACAUUAUUGAAUAAUGUAGCUGAUACACCAAUAACUGGAUACAUUCAUACAAUUCGUCGUGUUAAUUAUAGCUUUUGUAUUCCCUGCAAAUGCAUUUCAAUGCUUUUAUGAGAAAGUUG